AUGGCAGCGCUCCCGUAUAGGCUGAGGAAGGGACGAAAAAACAAUUCCAGCCCAUUAACGUUACACAUCUCCCGAAGCCAUGACCCUGGGGAAACGGUACUAAACAGAAAAAUAAGUCCGCAGGAGGAGGCUCGGGCGGUUCCCGAAGCGGUAGCCGAUGGAGCCGGGGACUGGUCUCACUGCGAAAUACAAAAGCGGCCGGGCAGCGGCCGACAGAAGAGUUCGCCGGAGCGAAGGCGGACACCGGAGUUCCCGGCGCCCGGCUGCAGCCGGAGGAGGGGCGAGCCUGCGCGGCCCCGCACAGCGCGAUGGGGCAGAGGCGCCCGGAACCGAACAGCGACCGGGCUGCCCGGGUCCGCCCGCCGCCGGCCCCUGGGGUCCCGGGCUCGGUGUGAAGCGGCGGCUCGGCCCGGCCCGGGGAGCGUGGGCGGGAAGAUGCGGGGCGCCGCCGCCACAACCGCGGGGCUCUGGCUCGUGAUGCUGGGUUCGCUCCUGGCCCUGUGGUCCGGGCUCCCGCAGCGGGCGGGCCCCGGGGCGGGACUGCUGCGCUCGGAGCCCACGCCCGCCCCGCGGCUCCUCCUCCUCCUGCCGCCGCGCCCGGGAGCCCCGAAAACUUUCCGGGCGCUGCUCACCCUGCCGGCCGGCGGGGACGGCGCGCCCCCGUCCCCCGCCGCGGCGGGGCUGUCGGGGCCGCCGCGGGCCGGGCCCCCGGCGGUGCACGGGGGGAUCUUCUGGAGCCGGCGGCUGGAGGAGCAGGUGCCCCGGGGCUUCUCGGAGGGCCAGGCGGCGGCGUGGCUGGAGGCGGCGCGGGCGGCCCGCGUGGUGGCCCUGGAGCGCGGCGGCUGCGGGCGCAGCUCCAACCGGCUGGCGCGCUUCGCCGACGGCACCCGCGCCUGCGUGCGCUACGGCAUCAGCGCGGAGCAGAUCCAGGGCGAGGCCCUGUCCUACUACCUGGCCCGCCUGCUGGGCCUCCAGCGCCACGUGCCGCCGCUGGCCCUGGCGCGGGUGGAGCCGCGGGGCGCGCAGUGGGCGCGGGUGCAGGACGAGCUGCGCGGCGCCCACUGGGCGGAGGGCAGCGUGGUCAGCCUGACCCGCUGGCUGCCCAACCUGACGGACGUGGUGGCCCCGGCGCCGUGGCGCUCCGAGGACGGGCGCCUGCGGCCCCUGCGGGCGGAGGGGCUGGCCAACCGCACGCAGCCCGAGCUGGUGGAGCUGGUGCAGUGGACCGACCUGAUCGUCUUCGACUACCUGACGGCCAACUUCGACCGGCUGGUCAGCAACCUCUUCAGCCUGCAGUGGGACCCGCGGGUCAUGCAGCGGGCCACCAGCAACCUGCACCGGGCCCCCGGGGGCGGCCUGGUGUUCAUCGACAACGAGGCGGGGCUGGUGCACGGCUACCGGCUGGUCGGCGUGUGGGACAAGUACCACGAGCCGCUGCUCCGCUCGGUCUGCGUCUUCCGGGAGCGGACGGUGCAGCGGGUGCUGGAACUGCACGAGCGGCGGGACGCGGCGGCGCAGCUGCUCCGCCUCUACCGGCGCCACGAGCCGCGCUUCCCCGAGCUGGCCGCGCUGGCCCAGCCCCACGCCGGCCUGCUGCAGCGCCGCCUCCACUUCCUCGCCGACCACAUCGCGCGCUGCCGGGCCCGGGACGGCGCCCCGUGACCCACCGUUCCGCUUCACCUGACGCCAACCCCUCGCCCGGAGCCGUGGGGGUGGGAGGACACACAAAAAACGCCGCCGACCCAGCCCCGCAACCU